AUGAAGUUCUCCGCCGCAGUCUUCACCCUCCUCGCCGCCACCGGCGUCACAGCCGCACCCGCCGCAGACUCGGUCAGCAUGAUGGCCUCAACCGCGCAGUGGACCAUCCGCGACGCCAAGCGCUACUGCCGCUCCGACGACUCCAUCUGCAACUGGAAGUUCGGCAUCGACACGGGCAACGGCAAGCCCUACGAGUGCCGCUACGACGUCAAGGGCCCCGGCGCCAGCAAGAAGCGCAGCGCGGGUCCCAGCACCUGCGGCGACUUCACCAUCACCUCUGGCUGGAGCGACCAGUUUGGCGCUGACAAUGGCUUCACUACGCUGUCUGUUGUGUCCAAGUCGAAGAGGCAGAUCAUCUGGCCUGCUUAUACCGACAAGCAGCUUGCUGGUGCUAAGAUUGUUAAGCCUGAUCAGUCUUAUGCUCCUGCUUCUCUCCCCAACUAA